UGUCUUCACUUCCUGUCGCCUCCCACGGAGCUUCUAUAGCCUUAACACACACACACAAACACAUACACACACACACAAACCGACACACGCGACAGUCAUGGAGAAGGUCUUGCCGUGCCCGCUGUUGAUGCUGGUGCUGCUCCUGGUGCUAACUCCCGGCGCCGCACCAAGUCCCACCCUGGCCGAGGACUGCAGUGCUUUCGGCACAGAAGUGAAGGAAGGGACACCAGAAGUAAUAAGCAAGACAUCAAUCACCUGGAAAAAUGACCGAUAUAUAGGUUAUCUCUCAUUAUAUGUGAAGCCUGAGAGUGACUUUAAGGGCGUGACUCUUCUUGUUAUGACAAAUGGCGACACUAACCGCACUGCCUGGUUCACUGCUGAGGAGAAAUGUUUCCCUCGCGAUAGCAAGUGGCUGUAUUUCAAGGCGAUGAUUUGGAUAACCAACACGGAUCUAUGGUUUCGCCUUAGGUCUGGUGCAUGCUGGGAGGAGUGCUAUAUCAACAUUACCCAGACAAAUCUCAUGACACUCAGCGUGGUGGCUCAGGGCCCUUCCAGGUGGUUGACUGAAUCUCCAAAUGAAAAAUGUGAGAUUCACGAAUUAGAAAACACAAAUCGCAGCCUAAGUAGGUGUAUAGACUCUCCACAAACCACCACCACGAUCAUCCCUACCACCACAAACAGAGCCAUAAGCACCUCCUCUAUGACGCCUUCUACGAUGACACCGGAAUAUAUAACAACCAUAGCGGUGUCAGCAGCAGCAGCAGCAGUAGCGGUGGUGGUGGUGGUGGUGUUCUACAGGAAACGGAAAGCUGCCACAUCGCCACGCCAAGACGGACUCUCCCCUCCCCCCCCCGAUGAACACGUCAUAGAAAACGACAUCUACGAGCCAUUUGACGGUGCCACUAACCACGCCGCGCCGCAAACCUUCCAGAACGACCUAUACGACUCCCUCAGCGCAAACGGACACCGGCACGACUCCUAGACGACCCUGGGACAGAGCCAGCCCAACACACACACACACACACACAUACGGAUAGGAUUCGCCCGGUAGCUCAGUGGUUAGAGCGCUGGCUUCACAAGCCAGAGGACCGGAGUUCGAUUCCCUGGCCGGGUGGAGAUAUUUGGGU